AUGGGGAAAGCAAAGAUUGAGAUUAAGAGGAUAGAGGAUUCAGCAAACAGGCAAGUCACUUUCUCAAAGAGACGAAGUGGGUUGCUUAAGAAAGCAAGAGAGCUCGCGAUCCUCUGCGACGCACAAGUUGGGGUGCUUGUGUUCUCUAGCACUGGCAGACUCUAUGAAUAUGGGAGCUCCAGCGUGGAGUCAAUUAUUGACCGCUAUAAUAAACAGAAAGAUCACGAACACAAUCCGCUUGUGAAUCCAGCUUCAGAAGCCAAGUUUUGGCAGAGAGAAGCAACGAUCUUGAGGCAAGAACUUCAACAGUUGCAGGAAUUGCACAGGCGAGUUGCGGGAGAAGAACUUUCUGGUUUGGGAGUUAAUGAAUUGAAAACUUUGGAAAAUCAACUAGAGAUGAGGUUAAAAAAUGUCCAGAUCAAGAAGGUAUGA